AUGCAACUUUAUGAUCGUAUAUCCACCACAGAUAACGAAUUAGGAACUAUUAAGUUCAUUGGGCAAUUACCUUCGGCUCAUGCAUGGGCUGGAACUUUGGUAUAUGGAAUUGAAUGGGAUAAUCUGAGUCGAGGUAAGAAUGAUGGUACAUUAGAUGAUGUUAAAUAUUUUGAAGUUGAUGUGAUAGGUGCUGGUUCCUUUAUGAAAGCCAAUAAUAAGAAGAUAUGUAAACGUAGAGCAAGUUUUAUUCAACUGUUGUAUGAGGAGUAUCAUACAAAAUAUGAAGAUCAAGAAAUCAGAUUUGGAACUAAAAUAGUUGAUGAAUUAGGGUUUGAUAAGUUGAAUAGAAUCCAGUCGAACUUUAUGAAUUUGAAAUCAGUAUCUUUGAGUAGAAAGUCAAUUGUUAAUGUUUAUGGUGAUGGUGACGAAUCUUCAAUUUUAAAUACUCUAGUAAAUGUAAUCAAUCUAGAUAUAAGCUUUAAUUUAUUCAAUGGUCUUAGUGUUGUUCAAGAUAUUAUUGGUAAUUUAAGGAACUUAUCUUCAUUAAAUCUUAAUGGGAAUAGAUUCUUUACUUCAAAUAAUUCCCCAUUGAUUCAUACCAAUUUGUCAAUACUAAAAUUAUCUACAACAUUAAUAACUAUCCCAACAGUUAAUGAAUGUAUCUUGCCUAAUUUACCAAAUCUAUCUGAGCUUUAUUUAGCUAGUAACAAUUAUAAUGAUACUGAUAUAUCACACUUACAACUACAAUCAUAUCCUAAUAUUCAGAUCAUUGACUUGUCGUUCAAUAUGCUCACUAUCUUUCCAUCAUUACCUAUCAAUACAUUGCUAUUAUCUGAUAAUUAUAUCUCAUCCAUACCGAACCAAAUUCAAUCCAGUAUAAAGACAUUGGAUAUACGACAUAAUAAGCUCAAUUCAUUUAAGGUAAUUGACGAGUUAGCCAUUCAUGUACCCAAUCUUACCAAUCUUCGUAUCAAUAAAAAUCCUGUUUUUGAAGUAGAUGAUGAAGAAUCAAUGUUUGUACAAUUAUUGGCUAGAUUCAACUGUCAUGAUCAUAAAGAAUCUAGCACUGGAUUAACGUAUGUCAAUGGUAGUCCAUUGAACAACAAUGAAAUCCAAAAUGCUGAAUUAUACUUCAUUUCAAAAGUCAAGAUAGGAGAGUAUGAGAUCCAUAAUCCGGUAAGAUGGGAUGCAUUAUUACAAAAAUAUAAUAUGGAGCCUAUUAAUGAAACUAUAACGACCAAUGUUUAUGAUGAUAAUAAGAUUAAACUACAAAUCAUUCAUAAUAAAGAUCAUAGUAUAUUUUCAAGAGUAUUUUUGAACAAUAUUACGAUAUUGAAAUUGAAAGGUACACUUUCACGUAUAUUACUUAAUAAUUUAUCAAUAUUAAAAUUUAGCGUAUAUUAUUAUAUGCACGGAGAAGAAGAAGAUCCAGAGGCAAAGGAAUAUCUUGAUAUGAAUCUCUUUUCACAAAUUAAUGAAUUUAAUUUAAAUUAUAAUCAACGCAUAUAUAUAGAAGUAUUUACUCAGUAA